CAUUACCAGAUCUUUUAAGAGAUAUUGCAACAGCUAUAGACCGUGUUGAAAUAUAUGUUGAUGGUGAUAGAUCAUUUGACCCUAAAAAUACCUUGAAUGGAAUACGAAUAACAUUAGCAACUAUUCUAUUACCAGCAUUAUAUACCCAUUUACCUCCAGAUCUUCGUAGUAAUGUAAAAAUGUAUAUGGCUAUAAGAGCAGGAGGAGGUGUAAAUCCAACUGUAAAUGAUUUCUUUCAAGAUCUUAAAAAAUGCUGGGUCGAACGUCAAGUUGGAGUAAAUACUUUUACUCAGACAAAUGUAG